AUGGGGCCAGCCUCUCCGCCACCUGCCGCGGGCCUCCUGUGGCUACUAGCGCUAGGGGGGGGUUUCCUGGGAACCGCCCAGGCCUGUGUCCUCUGCCACCUCUCAGAACGUGACUUGUUGGGCCGCCUGGCUCGACUCUGUAGCCAGGUGGAGACUCGCUGGAAGAACUGUGAGGCUUCCUGGAACUUCCCGGCCUUUGCCUUAGAUGAGGUGUCCGUGAACAAAGUCAUAGAGAAGACUCACAGAGUCCUGAGGGUCAUGGAGAUCAAAGGGUCUCCCUCAUCACUCCCUUUAUAUUGGCAAUGGCUGCAGAAGGUCAAGCUUCCGGAGUACACUGGGGAAGCUCUCUGUGCUCCUGCCUGCCGGGGCAGCACCGUCUUGUACAACUGUUCCACCUGCGAGAGCUUCCCUGCACACUGCUGGCCUCGGAAGCGCUGCCUCCCAGGAAGCCACGAUCUCCGGGAGGCCAGGAUCCUGCUCCUCUCGGUCUUCACAACUGUCCUGCUCCUGGGCCUCCUGAGCCUCGUGGUGGAGUCCAGACACUUCAAAGCAAAAAGUGACAUGUGAAGGCAGUGACGGCCUCCCAGCCCCCACGUCUCUUGGAAGGGACCCGCCAGCCCCUUACUCCCAAUCCCAAAGGCUCAGCCUUCCAGACCCCGAAAUCCAGCCGUCUCCGUGAUCCCAGAGUCAGAUGGCCUCCAGGGACCCAGGGACCCACAGCUGGAAAGUUCCUGCCCUCCAGCCCUCAACUAAUGAGACAGGAGCCGUCACUGAUUCCAGGAAAAUGUCUACGGAAGGAAAGAAUCCCUUACACACACACACACACACACACACCGCCGCUCUCACACCCCUUUCUGCCUAUUCUCGGAAAGCGGGGGCCGUCUGCCCCAGAAGCUACUCUUGGCCCUCCCAUGACUGAUUGGGAAUCCGGGAAUGAGGGUUCUGGAAAACUCCCUCCCUUCAGAGUUGCGACCACAUCAGUCAGCCUGCUGGCAUGCUGUCCCUCCAUUUAGCAUUGUGAAGCAUUGGCCUCCCACAGAGGCCUCCCUCCUGCCAAGAUCAAGUAAACCUGCUCUUAACUGGCCUCCA